AAUAGCGCCCAGUCUCCAUCAUCUUUACUCACCUUCAGAAUCUCUGAUAUACCCCAUGUGGAAUCACCCGGAUCAUUUAACCCUCCAAGUAAUAUGAAUCUUGGUUCUCAAGAAAGUCCUGGCAAAACUGAUCUAUCUUAUAAGGAGGAACAAGUGUAUGUCGAAAAGGUAGGUGAUGAUGGUGCUGAUUAUGGUGAUAUGGCCUGCCCCCUUGCUAUUUAGAGGUUGCCAUAUUUGGAAAAUAAAUAAUAGAUGGUGGUAAUGGUAGUAAUUGUGGUUAUGAUGGCGAUGGCAUGGGCGCCACUAGCCCUAUUUUAAUGGGAGGGAGGUAACCUCGUAUCAGGGCAUUAUGCUUUCGCUAACUAUCCAACUGCGGAAGCAAAAAGCCCUGGGUACGAGGUUGGGGGGGGGUGCAAGUGAAAUUUUGCUGAGUGCCUUCCUCUACGUAUAUUCACGUAUAUUCGAAGAAACAUUUUUGCUGACUGCCUGCCGAGCGGGUAGUGAUGGCGAUUAUCGUGCAUGAUGUUGAUGGUGAUGAUGAUGGUGAUGAUGGUGAUUAUGGUACAUGAUGGUGAUGAUGAUGGUGGUGAUUAUGGUACAUGAUGAUGAUGAUGAUGAUGGUGGUGAUGGUGUUGAUAGAUUACUUUCCUUUUAGCUCACGCAAAUGUCAGUAUAUACAGAAUCUUUACAAAAACUGAUAGCUAAGAAGCAAAACGACGUGGGUAAGUUAUCCAGCUUGACAUAUCCAAUUCUAAAUUUUAUUUCUGUCUGUUAGUGUUAACUAGCUGUACGUAGUAAUUCUCUUCAUUCCACUUUCUACUAGACGUUGCGAAAAAAAAAGACUGCAAAAUUGUAGGAUUAAAAAGAUUGCUGAGUGUCCUUAGAGACAAAGAAAGGUGAGCCACAUUAUAACAUUCUUUACGUGUUAAAAGUUUAUAGUCAAAAGAUCAAACCUUUUUAAAGUCUCUAUUAUUCUAGAAUUCCCUAUCAAGCCCUGCUGGAAGUUGAGGAUGUUCUACGUAGAAAACUACCUGUGAGUCCUCAAACGAGCCUGGAUACUAGCUUGCCUGUGAGUAUCAUACUAUACUAAUUAACGGUGUUGUAAAAAUUACAAAAAAAGAGUAACGAAUUACAAUUACUUUUCUGAAAAGUUAAUUAGUACAAAUUACUUUCAAUUCAAAAGUAAUUAAUUACGAAUUGCUAAUAAAAAGUAGUUGCUUACUAAUUACUUGACAGAUUACUUUUUACUUAAAGAUUGAACUGCAUCAGUAUCAAAAUGUACCUAAGCAACAUGUCGUACAGUUCAACUGCGUUGAAUUUGUAUAGGUAAUCGCAUGGGGCCGAGUAAAAUUAAGGUUUAAUUUCACGCGUGUUUUCAAAGUUUCACAAAUUGUCCGAGAAUUUGUGAAUCUUUGAAAACACAAGUGAAAUUAAACCUUAAUUUUACGAGGAGCUAUGCGAUUACUUGUUAAUCAUAGAGGGCAAAAUUUAUUCGUAAGUUAAUUGUGAACUUGUCAAGUUCUUGAACUCUGUAUGUCUCCGUGUCUUCGCCUUUUCGCCGAUGUUUCUUGAUGCUGCCCUGCUUGCCAAUUUCUUAAAUACUCCAACCAAUAAACUUGUUCUUUUUCUGGUGUUCAAGUUUUCACUAGAAGUUUUUAAUUCUUCAAUAACAUCAUUAUUCCCGACGACAAAGCGUGAAGCCAUUGUUUUUAUUGCUAUUUAAAACAAGAAACUUUCCGCGCUUGCGUCUCAGCCAAUCAUAUUUCACAAGUAAUUUUUCCCUGAAUUAAGAAAAAAUGCCCUCCUUUUUAGCCAAUCAUAUUUGAGUAAUUUAAUAAUAAUUUCUGUGCAGUCUCCGUAAUAGAGCUGUGCGCCGGAGCCGCAGUUGGAAAACUCCGGCAAAAAUUCCGGCACACAAAAUUAUGAAAAAUUAUUUCAUAUUUCAAUGAACAUUUGGUAUUAAAUGGAAAAAUUAAGUUGUUGUUUACUAAUAUAAUAUAUUACUAUUUAUAAGUUGUUUUACUAUAUAUUACUAUGUUGUUUACUAUUAAUAGUGUUGUAAAAAGGUGUUUAAAAAGAUAAAUUCUGAAAUUACACUGAAAUACUUUUGCCUGCUUCCACUUUUAAAUUUGAAAUUUCCUUAAAAAUUCCUUGGCGGAGCCGAAGUUUUGACUGUCGGAGCCUGAGCUAAAAUAACCGGAGUUUGCACAGCUCUAGCGGCCGUAACUCUUCACAGACAUUCAACUUUAAUAUACAAUUACUUUAUGGUUUCCCUAUUUGGAUGGCCUGAUCCAAACACGCGGGAAUGUUGCGACGAGCCGAAGGCGAGUGAUUUUGCGCGCUUUUCUUAACUCGAGCAACAUACCCAAGUGUUUGGAUCAGACCAUCGAAACACGGAAACCAUAAAAUAAUUGUUUUAUAAAAUAACAACAAAGUGUAAAAUUCGUGCGAAGGCACUUUAAAUUUCCGUGUUUGGAUGGCCUGAACCAAAGACGGGUUUUCGACCAAUCAGAGCACGCGUUAUAUACAUGUUAUUUUAUAAUGCCAUUUCCUUUUGAAAUUUCCUGAUAUGGUAUGGUUGGAAAAAAUGAAAAAGCAGAUAGAAGUAAUAUUAGAAAAAACAUACUCCGAAUGGUAGUGUCCGACCACGCGCAACAAAAACAAUAGAAAGGGACUGGAACAUCCAAUACUAUAGCUCUUCAAUAUCCGCCACCUUUGGCUUCAUCCUUGUCUUUUUUUAACAACAUGCAACCUACAAAUAACUUUACAUUUAUUUUAAAGAAAAAACGGCCUAUUAACGUCGCACGUGCGGAAACCUCAAAGAAACGCAUUAGAGUCGAUGGGAAAAUAGCGACAGGAAACAAAAAGACUAAUUUCCCCUCAAAAUUACCUGGAAAUGUUGACUUUAAGGUACGCUUGUUAGUGGAAAUUUGUGUAUUUGAUAAUAAAAGCACACAACUUGGCAUGUUAGGGUACCCUGAGUGGAAAUUGAUAUACAUUUAUUGGACCUAAUCGGGAGUAGCUGCGAAAAGUGCAAGUUUAGGUACCUGUUAGGAAUCGAACCUGCGGCCCUGCGAUUUUUUUUUUUUUUUUAACAAAUUUAUUUGGAUCAAAUUAUUACAAUAUAAUUUCACUAACUAGAAAAAAAAAGAAAAAGACUAUAUACAAAUAAUUGGAUAGCUAUACUAUAUAUUAGCGAGUGAUCCAAAAUGGCAAGGUACGAACGGGACUCUAGAAAUUGGACCCAUGCAAGGCACCUGCCAGCGAAGUCACAAAUUAUUAAAAGAAAAAAUAAAUAUAUAUAUAUAUAUAUAUAUAUAUUACCAAAAUUACUAUGAAGGAGUGUACGAGAGAGAAGAAAGAAAUGAAAGAGGUGUACAAACAGAGAAAGAAUGAGAGACGUGUCGACAAACACACACACACACACGGAGAGAUAAACACACACACACACACACACACACACACACACACACACAUACACACACACAUACACACACACAUACACAACACACGCACACAAACUUAAGUCCUAUGGCAGGGACAGUCCCGAACCAAGGACCAGGUACAGGGUAAUUCAAUAUCAUAGACUGUGUGAACAAGGUGAGAGUAUUUGAGUUUGAGAAAGUUUCUAAAAGAGAUGGGGCUGGGGAAAGUUUCAGGAUUAACCUCUUUAACCAACUGAUUCUAACCAACUGAGCUAUACAGAGGUCAGUUGUCGAGCUCUAACCACAAGUUCAUGUGUAAAUUGUGUAUAAACUAGGGUACUGCCAUGUUAAGUUAUGGGUAAAUAUCAAGAUUUUGUUGGUGUCUCACUCGAUUAAAUAACAGUUGAAGGGUAUUGGAGAUCGAAAUUAUCUAUUGGAAAUUUAUAUACACUUAUUAGACUUAACCAGGAAGAGCUGCGAAAAAUGACCCUAACAUUAUGCGAAGUUGUGUGCUUUUAUCAUCAAACCAGGGGUGGAAUUAUGGGGGGGGGGGGGUGUGCACAGGGGUGCGCAACCCUGUUGGCCUUGGUCAACAGGGGUGCAAAACAAUCGAAUUCAGAAAUAUGGCAUAAUUUCCUAGGUUUUUCCAUUUUUGAAGUCAAACUGAAGCUGGUAUUACCAUUCAAUGCCCACAUCGCAGCAAAUGGCAUUUCUAGGGUUCUAAUUUUCAAAAUUUUCCGGGAACAUACCCCUGGACCCCUACGGAGCUCGCGCCUUCGGUGCUCGAGCCAUUAGGAAGCCAAUUCAUUUGAAUGCCUGGCUUCGUACGAGUCCUGGAAAACCUGGAAAGUCGUGGAAUUUCAAUAUUCCAAAAUCCAGGCCUGGAAAUCCUGGAAAAUCAAUUUUAGUCAUGGAAAGUCAUGGAAAAUUUUACAUAACAUUAAUAACAAAGUAUUUUACUUAUUUCGAUUUACCAGUCAUAACAAUAAUGUGAAUUGUUGUAAUAUAACAGAUUUUUGCGAGAGCGAAGUGAAUUUUCUUCUUUUAUUAUAUCUGUUAUCGUUAAAAUAUUAACGAAUUUCAGAAAUUCCAGACUUCCAGGUCAUGGAUUUUGAAAAAAACGCACAAUUGUUCUAUAAUUUUUACCAAUCUGCCCCACUAUGUUGUUCGCAGAUCUCUCAAUAAGUAUAUCUUUCAAUAUACCUGUCGGGGAAGUACGUCACCUUGUCUAUCGAGCUUCGUUUUCGUGAUUGAGAUUUUGGGCUUUGAUUAAUGUCACAUUCAUGAAAGUGAGGCUCUAUAGCCAAAGUGACGUACUUUCCGGAAGGGUGUAUUCGAUUUAUUUGCCGCCAAAUACAAGACUACUACAUAGAAUGGAACAUUAUGUUCUCACUCUGGUAACUGCAGGUUGAACACCAUCUGCUGCACGAUAGUGAAACCCAGCUAUACAACCUGUCAGUGGUGGAAUAUAUGCAGCAAUGUUAUUCUAACGAUUUAAACUUUCUCUUUAAACUCACGAGAAGACUAAACAUGUCGCAGUCGUAGCAGAUGGAGGGAUAAUCGCCAGUGGUACACCAACGACGAACGUCGUGAACCUACCUUAUCAUUCCAUGACCGUGGUCAAUGAUAAAGAAGUUAAAAUGGCAUUGGGAAAUAGAAUAACGAUAAUUGUUGGAGAUGUGGCACAAGAAAAGGUAUAUUUGGUGGUACAGCGGUUGAGCUCAUACUUUCGCGGCUGAGGUUUGAAUACUGGAAUAUACAGUUGUCUGAUUAUAAUUCUAUAAUUUCACCUCAGUCACAUGUAAGAUAAAAGUGCUUGCAGUUUGAUCCUACCGAAUAACACCCCAUGUACAGAGCAAGGCGUCUUUCAUCUCUCACUGAUUAGAUCGGUGAUGACACUCAGGGACGCCGGAACGACGAGAGGGCAUUCUUUCUAUUAAUAACAAAUAUUUUCCUUUAAUCAAAAGGCCACCUUCGUCCCCCUUGCCCUCUUGGUAAAGGGCAAGAGGGGCAGCUGCCCCUCCUGCCCCCUACCCCAGUUCCGGCGUCCCUGAUGACACUUAUGUGAAACGAGUCAGUCAACAUUCUACCGAAAUCCGUGGAUUUUCUUCGGGUACUCUACCGUUCAGUUGUCACACAUAUCCUAAUUAUCACUUCUAUGACUUGAGUUUGAUAACUGCUUGUGCAAUUUUCUGCAGUGUAAUGUUUCAUGUUGUCCGCACAUGUACUUUCUUUGGAGACACCAUUUGCCCCCUAACAAAUCGGAAAAUGAUCAAGAUAGUGACUCUGAUUGAUUGAUUGAUUGAUUGAUUUACAUAUUGUAUUGAAAUAUGAAUGUUGACAUUGCUUUUUAGUCUUAAAUAUUUGAGUGAGUCAUGCUUUGGAAAUGACAAUAGAUUUUUAUUACCCAACCCUUGAGUUGUUCGUUUUUCAUUUACCCAACCUUUUACUCACUCAAAAUUUUGUUUACCCAACCCUUUUCUCUUUGGUGCCACCCCCAUCAUAAACAAUGGCCCGUCCCUUAGAAAGCCUUCGACUCGAUCAGGUUGAGCUGCGUUCUUCGCAAUAGACCUUUCCCCUUAAGAGUGAAAUUUUGAUCUAGAUAUACCUGGACAAAAAUUUCAUCACAGCUUGAAAGAGCAUCACAAAAUUAGUAAUAUUCCGAAGUUUCGUUGCGAAAUGUUGUAAAAUGCUGAUAAUAUAGCCCUGCGAAGUUUGCCGUUUUUCAGUCAUUUUGCAUUACAAAUGGGAAAUUGAUAAUCAGAUGAUCAAACUGAUAAUCAAUUUCCAUUUGUAAUACAAAAUGACUGAAAAACGGCAAACUUCGCAAUGCUAUAUUCGCAUUUUACAACAUUUCGCAACGAAACUUCGGAAUAUUACUAAUUUUGUGAUGCUCUUUCAAGCUGUGAUGAAAUUUUUGUCCAGACUUGUCUAGAUCAAAAUUUCACUCAAAUGGGGAAAGGUCUAUUCAGCUUAGCUCUCAGCUGCAAGUAAGGAUGAUUAGCACACUCACAUUUACUUCUUUCAGGUCGACGUCAUUGUAAAUGCAAUGAAUGCCAAAGUGGACUUGAACGCCAGCCGUUGUGGGAAGGCUUUACUUAAGAUGGCUGGUGAGGAGCUGUUGAAUGAAUGUCACAAAAUUGGAAGUCUUCUGGCGGGAGACAUCACUUCAACUGGACCGGCAAAGCUGAAUUGUAAACGCGUGUAUCAUGUUCGUUUAUCAUCAUGGGACAACGGGAGAGGAGCUCAGGUACUCUUGUCUAAGCCUCGUUCAGGGAUAAGCGUAUUAUUUGUGUCAGAGUACACAAGUCAUGCAUGUUAUAGAUCAUAAAGGGUAGAAGAACAAUAACGGCUUAUUGACCGAGCGUGAGGUCUGUACUGUGAAAUAUUAGACCGAGGUUUUUUAGUAUGGACCGAGCGACGAAGGAGCGAGGUCCAUGCAAAAAACAGAGGUCUGAUAUUUCACAGUACAGACCGAACAAGCGAGGUCAAUAAUCGGUUUAUUAUAUGGCUGAAGUGAGUUUGUGAGCAUAUGCUUUUCGCGCGAAUUCAAAAAUCGCCUAUCGUCAGUUUCACUGGGUAACAAUAUACGGUAGGCAUGUAUGCUCAAUCAAAAAUAAUUUGGUUGUUUGAAAUUUUUGUCUGUAAAUUUUGGAAAAUUAAAAAGCAAAAAAUUUUUCUGUUUGCAAAGCAAAAAUUUCCCGCCAGAUAAACGACAUCCGGGACACCGGUCCAGAUACGGAAAAUACGGACCACGGUCCGGAUAUGGGUUUUUACGGACCGCUUGUCAACCAAUCAGAGUAGAGAAUUUUGAAAAGCCAUAUAAUAAUACAUAUUAUUGAAUAGGGAUUAAAUUAAAGUAACUCAAAUCCAAUUUUCUUUUAGAUUCUUCGUAUGCUCAUCAAAAAAUGUCUAUACCAGAUGGAUAAAGACAAAUUAAGGUCUAUCGCCAUCCCUGCUAUUGGCACAGGAGCAUUGCAUUUCCCACGUCUGGAAGUUGCGAAAAUCUUUUUUGAAGAAGUUACGGGUCACCUCACUGCCCACCCUCAAAUCGAUGAAGUUCACUUCGUGGCGUUUGACCAAGCAACGGUAGACGCAUUUCUAGGUUUGUUACGCUAGAGUUUUUGUUGUUUUUUUCAAGAGGGUAACAUUCGGAGAUAGUAAACGUGUUGCCUUCAAUAAACUAAACUUUAACCUUUGCCGUUUUCCGAGAAUAGAAGCUUGCAAGCCUUUGACUCAGUCUUGUUUGAGCUGUGUCCAUCGCAGUACACGCUACCUCAUUCUCGUGUAUGUGAUGUUAGUUAAAGCUUAACGUGUCAAUCACGAAAACGAGGCUCUAUGACCAAGAUGACGUAUUUGCCGGAAGCGUGUAUUCGGCUCUCAGCUGACUGCAAGGUAAAUGAAUUACUUUAAUUUUUAUUUUUAUUGUUCUUAAUAGUUGCAGUUCAGCAAAUCAAAUCCGUUAUUUUAUCGUCUAUGAGCAAGCGCGUUCCAGUACCAUUGGCCAACGCAGGCAGUCCAAACAACGUUUCCUUCACUGAAAAACUUGACGGAUCGCUAGAACUCUCUCUUGGGACAACAAACCUCGCAGUUCAGAUCGUUUGGGCUGACAUCAUCAAUGAAAGUACCGAUCUAAUCAUGCACGUGAUCAGAGAUUUCUCUUUUCUGGGUGAGGUUGGUAAAGCUCUUAUAACAGCGGGGGGUGGUAGCAUCAUUCAAGAAUUCAGGGCACUCGGGCAGCCGGCCUUCUAUUCGACACAAUACACAAAAGCGGGGAGAUUGGCUGUUCAUCAAAUCGCUCACGUCAUUGCACCGGCGUCGAUUGAAGUUGCCGACCUGAAAAAUUGUGUAGCUACAUUUUUCGAUGACGUUUUAAAGAAAAACAUCGCCAGGGUUUCAUUUUCCGCCAUAGGGGUGGACGCAAUGGGUUACACCGAAAGUCAAUCGGCCGACUUGAUCUUUGAUAAUUUGUCCAGGAUUGCUGAGCGCAAAAAUCCCACUUUGAGUUUGGUCCGUAUUGUGAUUUGCGAAAAAGCAAAGUUUAUUAAAUUCAAAGAUGCAACCGAAGCUUAUUUUGCCUCCUGGGUUGUCACUCGCUUGAAACCGCCGAUUGAAAGAAAAUUUCACAAGUUCGAACUGUCCACUAGCAGUAAAGAAUACCAGGAUAUUGAAACCGCAUUCCACAAAUCUGUUUCGAAUCAUGUGUUACGAAUUGUCCGCAUCGAAAAAGUACAAAACAAAGAAAUUGAUGAGUUGUAUAAUGUGAAACGCAGAGCAAUGAUGAACAAAUUCGGCAGCAACUUUGCAGGCAAAGAACUGUGGCUGUUUCAUGGCACCUCGCUUCAAAGUAUAGACAAAAUUAAUGCUAAUGGAUUGAAUAGAAGUUACGCAGGGACACAUGGUAAGUAUUUAAAGUAUUCUUGACCAUUAUUGCACCGCAAGAGCAAUGAAAAUGUUCUAGAGUGUGUAUUUCAUAAUUUCCAUACCCAACUUUCAACUUACCAUAUUACGGAGUGAACAAUAACACAACAUACGAAUGUUCUCAUCAAGACGUUUCACCACAGGAGGCCCAGCCUCGAUUUGCCCGCGCCCGCCUGUGCCUUCCUUAUAACGAGGGAAGGACCUGGGGAAAGACGGAAACAUUGAGACCAAAAUAGCCCAGACUUGGCAUACCGGUAUGUCACACAAAACUAUCCUCCAUUUUUCCCCUUUAAUGCAUUUUUUUCACGAUUAAUCGAUAUCCCCUACAAGAAUGGUACCGUAUAACUCUCAAAACAACGACGCUUUAAUCAAAGAGCUUAAAUUCGCUCUAAAAUCCGCGAGGGAAUGACAAAAUUCGGCCAAAAUAUAUCCGCGUGCCGGGCUUGCUGUGCAAAAAGCGGAAGUCGAUGAACAACUUAAAAUACACUCAACCCUGAUUGGACAACGAAUAUCAACAAACAUUUCAAAUUUUUCUCCAGCACUGUAAUAAUUUGAAUCAAAACAAUUCACAAACGGUAUAAAGUGUAAAUAUUACUGCAGGUAAAUAUAACUGUAGUAAGUUAAUAUGUAUAAUAAAUUGUAUUUCACGUUGUGUUUGUUAAAAAAUUUGAAAUGUUUGUUGAUAUUCGUUCUCCAAUCAGGGUUGAGUGUAUUUUGAGUUGUUCGACGACUUCCGCUUUUUGCACAGCAAACCCGGCACGCGGUAUAUUUUGGCCGAAUUUUGUCAUUCCCUCGCGGAUUUUAGAGCGAAUUUAAGCUCUUUGAUUAAAGCGUCGUUGUUUUGAGAGUUAUACGGUCAUCAUUAAUUCUUGCAGAGGAUAUCGAUUAAUCGUGAAAAAAAAAUGCAUUAAAGGCGAAAAAUCGAGGAUAGUUUUGUGUGACAUAUGCCAAGUCUGGGCUAUUUUGGUCUCAAUGUUUCCGUCCUUCCCUCGUUAUAAGGAAGGCACAGGCGGGCGCGGGCAAAUCGAGCCUGGGCCUCUUGUGGUUUCACAAGCCAUUGAGAACAUUCGCGUCCGUGUUGUAUCGGAUAUACAAACCCUCAUGUUGUCAAUAGUUUACUUUAAAAACUUAUAAUAACAUUUGGUGUGAAAAAUGAACCUAAAUGAGAUUUUUGCUCAAGAUACGGCAGACUCCGACCGUUAUGAUGGUCAUGAAUUUGUGUAUUUUUCAUUACUCAAUGCAAGUUACAACAAUAGAUACAAAGAAAAUACACGAGAUAGGGUAUUUUUCUAUUAGUAAUAUACAUGAAAACAUUUCCCACUUCUGAUUGGCUAAGAGUAGUGAAAUUUUUUCGAAAUACAGUGCCAAAAAUUGAAAUACAGUGCCAAAAAUUGAAAUACAGUGCCAAAAAUUGAAAUACAGUGCCAAAAAUUGAAAUACAGUGCCAAAAAUUGAAAUACAGUGCAAAUUUCAUUGACUACAGGGACCGCGGAGCCUGUUCAAAAGUGCGGGGGGGGGGGGCAGGAUAGCACGGGAGCUAUUCCACGCAGGCAGGCUGUAUUUUAUCCGGUAGAUUUUUAUUAUCCACCGAAAAGCGCCGCCCUGCCCCCCCGCUGUUGCGCGGUCCCUUGGCUAUAAGAUACAGUCAUUUCUGGCAGAAAAUAAUACAAAAAACCCAAACAUUUACAUAUGACAAAAAUGGCUGGCGUUUUUAGUAGAUUUUCUAUUAAAUUUAUUUAUAUUAAAAUUAACUAUUUCGCAUGUGACCUAUAAUAUAUACGCGCGCAUGUGACUGCAUAAUUUUUUCAUGUACGGUAUAUCAUUAAUAAAUAAUAGUAUGGUUUCUCGUGCAAUUUAUUUAGACAACUCGUGAGUUUUUCAAAGACUUUAUCGUAUUUUCAAAGACUUUAUCGUAUUUGAAAAACUCACUCGUGCAUGUUUUUCCCAAAUUGCACUCGAAUCCAUCAUAUUACACCUAUAUAGGCUAUACAAUACAGAGUGAUGCUCAAUUUUCUCUUUCUUCAGCCACGUCUUAUGGCAAAGGUGUUUACUUUGCCAGAGAUGCUAGUUAUUCCUGCAAUCUGACCUACUCACCCCCGGACUGGCAGGGGCUUCGCUACAUGUAUUACGCCAAAGUUUUGGUCGGAGAUUACACACGGGGGAACUCUAGUAUGAUAGCGAGACCCAGUAAGGAUACUGCUGAUCCGGACGUAACUUAUGACUCUGUGGUAGACAACAUUUCACACCCAAAUAUUUAUGUUCUGUUUCAAGACUAUGAAUAUUACACUGAGUAUCUUAUCACUUUCCGAUAACUUAAAGACAUCAUAAUUACCUAUUACUUUUAUGUAUUUAAAGAAAUAUGAAGAUAUAGGCUAAUCUAGGAUUGUUCCAUUAUAAAUUUAAUAGCUUGUAAACAGAAGUAUUUUGCUAGUUUUUAUAGGUGAGAUUUACUUGUCUUGAUG